AUGCUAAAGCGAAGCGGCAUUUGCAUCGAUGCCAUCUUCUCAUCGCCAUUUAUACGCUGUUUGCAGACUGCUGCGCCCCUAGCGAGAGCUCUUGGAAAGCAGAUUCGCGUCGACUGGGGCUUCAGUGAAGUACUUGCGCACGAAUGGCUGUAUCACGCCAACCCGCUGCCGCAGCUUCACUUUGGCAACUUUCAGAAGACUGGAGAAGAGUUGCCCAAUGUUGCUGGAGAUCUCAUCGACAUCGGAUACGAGUCUCCGAUUCCUGGAUAUCCUGACUUCGUAGGCCCAGCUCGGGCAGGUGAUGCAGUGCAGCGCGCGCGGCCGAUAGCGCGUGCCCGAGAGGCGCUUUCUCGGGCCAUGCGCACAGAGCCGGUUCCAAGGACCCGCGUGUGUCACUGA